AUGAUAUCCUUUCAUUUCUAUAAAGCAUGCUCUCUAGCUUGUUGCCUUCUCUUGUAUGUUCAGCUGCUUUCAUCAUCAAAUUACCUUCAAUUAGCUUCUGCUAGUUCUACUGAUGAGGCAAAGGCUCUUCUCAAAUGGAAAGCCACCUUUCAAAAUCAAACCCAAAACAAUCUGUCCUCAUGGGCUUACCCUCCCAGCAAUAAUGCCACCAACAAUCCUAAAAUCCCAUGUACUUGGGCUGGUGUUUCAUGCAAUGCUGCUGGAAGUGUCAUCGAGAUAAACCUUACGGAGUUUGGUUUACAAGGUACGCUAAAUGCAUUUUCAUUCUUGUCCUUCCCUGAUCUUGAAUAUCUUGACCUCAGCUUCAACAAACUCUUUGAUGCCAUUCCACCUCAAAUUAGUUACCUCUCCAAACUACACUAUCUUGAUCUCUCUCGAAAUCAGUUUUCUGGGAGAAUCCCACGAGAAAUCGGUCUCCUGAGAAAUCUUACCCAUCUUUAUCUCUUUGGAAAUCAACUUUCUGGUUCUAUUCCUAAGGAGAUAGGGAAUUUGAAUUAUCUUGUGCAUUUAAGGUUGGGCAAUAAUCAAAUCAAUGGUUCAAUUCCAAGAUCACUAGCUGAGCUAACAAGCCUUACCUAUCUUUCUUUACGUCACAAUCAACUUUCUGGUUCUAUUCCUAAGGAGAUAGGGAAUUUGAAAUAUCUCGUGGAGUUAAGGUUGGGCAAUAAUCAACUCAAUGGUUCAAUUCCAAGAUCACUAGCUGAGCUAACAAGCCUUACCUAUCUUUCUUUACGUCACAAUCAACUUUCUGGUUCUAUUCCUAAGGAGAUAGGGAAUUUGAAAUAUCUCGUGAAGUUAAGGUUGGGCAAUAAUCAACUCAAUGGUUCAAUUCCAAGAUCACUAGCUGAGCUAACAAGCCUUACCUAUCUUUCUUUACGUCACAAUCAACUUUCUGGUUCUAUUCCUAAGGAGAUAGGGAAUUUGAAAUAUCUCGUGGAGUUAAGGUUGGGCAAUAAUCAACUCAAUGGUUCAAUUCCAAGAUCACUAGCUGAGCUAACCAACCUUACCCAUGUUUCUUUAGGUCAGAAUCAACUUUCUGGUUCUAUUCCUACGGAGAUAGGGAAUUUGAAAUUUCUUGUGCAUUUAAGGUUGGGCAAUAAUACACUCAAUGGUUCAAUUCCAAGAUCACUAGCUGAUCUAACAAGCCUUUCCUAUCUUUUUCUCCAUCUCAAUCAACUUUCUGGUUCUAUUCCUAAGGAGAUAGGAAAUUUGAAAUAUCUUGCGCAGCUAUUUUUGGGUGAUAAUCAACUCAAUUGUUCAAUUCCUGUUUCAUUUGGUAACCUGAGCAACUUGGAAAUCUUAUACCUACGGAAUAACCGACUUUCCGGGCCCAUCCCCCAAGAGAUAGAGAAUCUCAAAAAGUUGAGUGUCUUGGCUUUGGAUAUAAACCAAUUUUCUGGUUAUUUGCCCCAAAAUAUUUGCCAAGGUGGAAAACUGGAAAACUUUACAGCAAGCAACAACCAUUUCAUUGGUCCAAUCCCAAAAAGCUUGAAAACCUGCACGAGCUUAGCCCGACUUCGUCUUCAACGGAAUCAAUUGACAAGCAAUAUAUCUGAGGACUUUGGUGUUUAUCCGAAUCUUAAUUUUAUAGAUGUAAGCCACAAUAACAUGUACGGUGAAAUCUCACGAAACUGGGGACAAUGCCCGCGGUUGACAACCCUACAAAUGGCAGGAAACAACAUUACUGGUAGCAUACUACUUGAGAUAGGCAACGCAACCCAAAUUCAUGUGUUGGAUCUCUCUUCGAAUCAUUUAGUUGGGGUGAUUCCAAAGGAAUUCGGGCGAUUGGCUUCUUUGGUGAAGUUGAUGUUGAACGGAAAUCAACUUUCAGGUCCUAUACCCUCGGAAUUCGGAUCCAUGACUGAUCUUGGACAUCUUGACCUAUCAACAAACAAAUUUAAUGAGUCAAUUCCGAGCAUUCUAGGUGACUUGCUCAAAUUAUACCAUUUGAAUUUGAGCAACAACAAAUUAUCUCAACCAAUCCCACUUCACUUGGGGAACUUAGUUCAAUUGACCGACCUCGAUUUCAGUCACAACUCACUGGAAGGUAGGAUACCAUCAGAAAUGAGCAACAUGCAGAGUUUGGUGAUGCUCAAUCUUUCCCACAACAAUCUUUCGGGUUCCAUACCAUCAACUUUCGAAGAGAUGCGCGGUUUGUCGAACGUUGACAUAUCCUAUAAUCACUUGGAAGGUCCCCUUCCCAACAUUAGCGCAUUUCGAGAAGCUCCGUCAGAAGCAUUAAAAGGGAACAAAGGAUUGUGUGGCAUAGUUGGAGGUUUGUCACCAUGCAAUGCAAGUGGCUCAAAAAGGGAUCACAAGUUAAUAUUUUCUCUUCUGGCUGUACUUCUAUCUGCUUUCUUUACGACUGUUUUUCUAGUGAAAAGAAAGAAGCAUCAUCAGGAUAAAGCACAACAAAACAUGCAUGAAGAAAUUUCCUUUUCUGUUUUAAAUUUUGAUGGAAAGUCAAUGUAUGAGGAAAUCAUAAGGGCAACAAAAGAUUUUGAUCCCACAUAUUGCAUUGGGAAGGGAGGACAUGGAAGCGUUUACAUAGCAAGUUUGCCAUCUGCCAAUGUAGUGGCUGUGAAGAAACUCCAUCUGUUGCAAAAUGAUGAGAAGAAUCCUCAAAAAGGGUUCUUAAAUGAAGUAAGGGCACUCACGGAGAUACGGCAUCGGAACAUUGUGAAGCUCUAUGGUUUCUGUGCACAUAAACGACACUCUUUUUUGGUGUAUGAGUAUCUUGAAAGAGGUAGCUUGGCCGCAAUGUUGAGUAAAGAUGAAGAAGCUAAAGAGUUGGGGUGGAGUAAAAGAGCGAAUAUUGUUAAAGGUUUAGCACAUGCCUUGUCUUACAUGCACCACGAUUGCUUGCCACCGAUUGUACAUCGUGACAUAUCAAGCAACAACAUUUUGUUGGAUUCUGAAUAUGAGGCCUGUGUUUCAGACUUUGGUACUUCUAAGUUUUUGAACCCAGACUCAACUAAUUGGACUGAUGCUGCAGGCACAUAUGGCUACAUGGCACCAGAGCUUGCAUAUACAAUGGAAGUGAAUGAGAAGUGCGAUGUUUAUAGCUUUGGAGUUGUCACACUGGAAAUAAUUAUGGGAAGCCAUCCGGGAGAUGUUUUGUCAUCUUUAUCAACCGGGGCGUCAUCAUCAUCCGCAUUUGCAUCACCUGCCCCUGAAAUGCCAAUUUCGGAUGUUCUGGAUCAACGCAUCUCCCCACCCACGAAACAAGAAGCGGGGGAAGUGGUCUCCCUGGUGAAGAUAGCAUUUGCAUCCUUGAAUCCCAGUCCGCAGUCUCGUCCAACAAUGAAAAAAGUUUGCCAGCUCCUCUCAUCAACUCAGACCCUGCAUUUGUCAAAGCCAUUGCAUAUGACAACAUGUGGUGAAUUGCUUGCUCUUGGUGGUUUCACUACCUGA